UAUUACCGCGAUGGGUCGACAUCGACAUCGACUUACUUUACACUGACGUUGCAUGCAAACGAUGCCGAGGACGGUAAAAGUCGCAAUAAUAGGCAGUGGCUUGGCUGGUCUUACCGCUGCCUACCUUUUAACCAAGCCCUCCGAGGACGAAGAUCCAGGCUUCGAUGUUCACUUGUUUGAAAAGACGUCGACCUUUGGGAUGGACAGUUUCUCCAUAUCCUUACCUCUACCGGGCCAGGACCAAGACUGGAGAGUAGAUGUUCCGAUGCGCUCUUUUCAAGGAGGAUACUACAGACAACUAAUAACACUCUACAAACACCUUGGGGUCAAGUUCGCACCACGGGAUUUUUCCUACUCUUUCUCGCUCCUUUCCACGUCAGAAAAGGGCCGACAUAUAACAGCAGAAAUCAUAUACAACGGCUCCUCAGGACUUGGCGGUGUGAGCAUGCCCUCGACUCUGGACAACAGCAAGGCGGACCUGGGGUUAACACUGCGGGCGGCCUCGAAAGCUUGGACAACCGGGUUGUUUGUCCUUUGGUCUAUCCAUGUCCUUUUCUGCUAUCUGAGACUGCUGUGGCUCUCGAUUCCUGUGGUGCGAUCAGCGGGAAUCGAAACCAUGACUUACAAAGCCUGGGUCAAGCAGACACAUCCUACUGGUCUCCUCGCUAGAUGGACAGGAUUCGACGAUGUUUGGACGGAAUUCACUCAUGCCAUUAUGGUGCCAUUGUUCUCUGCUGUAUGUACCGCACCGGAGCAGGAGAUUCUUGACCAUCCCGUCGAGGAAUUUCUAGAUUAUAUCUGGCUUACCCUGGGAACACAUCAUUAUGUAGUGGUCGAUGGUGUCCGGGAUGUCGUCGGGAGACUCGUCUCCACCGUCCGAAAUGUCCAUCUAUCACACCUGAUUUCCUCCAUCCAAGCCGACCCGGAUGACCCGGAUCUGGUAUCCGUGCAUUGCACCAACGCUGACGGUCUCAAGACAUACUCCGGCUUUCAUCAUAUCAUUUUUGCCACCCAAGCAAACCGCGCAGUCCCACUUUUGUCGUCCUACGCGUCUUCACUACCGCAUGAAAAGCGUAUCCGGCGGGAAGCAGCCGAAGAGCAGAUGCGCUGCUUGGAGAAAUUCACAUACCGCUCUACCCUUGUUAUCAAUCACACGGACGAAACCCUUCUCCCGGACGAUACACGAGAUCACCGGGACUUGAAUCUAAUUUAUACCCGUGCAGGCGCUUUAAUAACCACGAAAACAGUAUCACCGCAAUGUCUACCAUCCUCAUACACCAUGGCGACUCACAUCCUCCCCCGACCACAAGGAUUUCCCGCUCAUCUACCCUCGGUUUUCCAAACCACAGAUCCAAUCGUCGAACCUAGAGAGGGACGGAUAUUGAGUGUGGCGAAAUUGGAACGAGCCGUUUUAACGCUAGAGUCGAAACAAGCUUUGAAGGAAUUUUACUGUGCGAAGGAUAGAAAAUGGUGGCCGGGACCCUGCGAAGAGGCUCUGGGAAGGUUGCAGGGUGCAGGGAGACUCCGAGAUAGCGGUCCAGGCAUAUGGAUAUGCGGCUCGUUUGCGUAUCCUGGGAUUCCGCUGCUGGAGGGAUGCGUUGUUAGUGCCAGGCUUGUUGUGGAGCGGGGAUUAUACAAGUCUGAAGGCGUACGGCCGAAGCAUCCGCCUUGGUGACAUAGGUUAAACAUGGUUGUAGAAUUUUACUAGUGGUGUACUACCGCUUUAUACCUUAUCGUCAUGUAAUUAGGAACGUCAAUUGCUGCGAGCAGACAUCUCGAGAGGCCGGUAGUUAUGCGCAUACAUGAUUCGGAACCCUAGAACAGGCGCACCGGUGCGG